GCCGCCUAGCGUACGUGGAACGCAUGCGCACUCUGUCCUUUUACCUAGCAGCUGCAAAUUUAGAAACACGUGAGCAAACGCCGAGAGAGUUGCACCAUGGCUGAUCAACAAGAGAUUGAUCUUGAGGAAGAUUUUAAUCAAGGUGAAUCUGGUUCCGCUCAAACCAUCCCAAAACAAUGCUCAUCUCUGCGAAAGGGCCAGUUUGUUUGUAUCAAGGGACAUGCAUGCAAGAUCGUGGAAAUGUCAACCUCUAAAACUGGCAAGCACGGGCAUGCUAAGGUGCACUUGGUUGCCAUUGAGAUUUUUACUGGCAAGAAGUAUGAAGAUAUCUGUCCUUCGACACACAACAUGGAAGUUCCUAAUGUCAGCCGAAAAGAAUUCUCGCUGAACGACAUAAGUGAUGACGAUUUUGUUUCACUUAUGGAUGAACAAGGGGAAACCAGGGAGGACCUAAAACUACCAGACGAUGACAUUGGUUCCGGUAUUCGUGAUAAGUUCGCGGAUGGUCAAGAAGUUUUGGUGACUGUGUUGAAGGCUUUGGGUCAAGAACGCAUUAUAAGCUUCAAAAUAUCGAGCUAGACGAGACCAACCCUGCUUCAAUUUUCCAUAAAGAACCACGUAGUACUGGAUAACUUCUCUAACAUGUAUUUACCAACCUGUGUCCUGGGCUUUCUGGAAUCAGUGGUUACAGUAUGGCAAAAAAGUUGUGUGAGCUGCUUUUAAAAGCCUGGUUGUUAACCAAAUACUUGGACAUUAGUAAAACACUUGAAUCAAUCAAGGAAUUUGAAUAAUGCUUUGUACACAAAUGAUCAGAAGUAUCAAUGAGUGCUAAAUCUAAUGAUGCCUGUUUUCUUACACAUUUACAUUGCAAACUUCAGGUUUGAAUGAUAUGACUGUUUACUGCUGUCUAAAGUCAUUAUGCUUGCGUUUGGCCACCAGCUCCAUGAAAAUUGAACAUUUAAAUUGUAAUGGAUAUCAUUAAUGUUUCAAAUAAUUGAACUGUUUUGUAGAAAUAUGUUAUAUACGAGUGAAAUGGAACGUGGUAAUUCUUGUUAUACAAGUUGUUAUAAUGUGAAAUAAAAAGUGCUUUAGAUCGUUUCCUUUCCUGUUCAUUUUGCAUUAUGAAAUUGAUUUGUUCAAUAUGAAUUGUUAGGAAGCCAUUAGAGAGAAAAGGUGUGCUUGAAGCGGCUAUGUCAGAAUUGUUCCCAUUUGUCCAAACUCUCUUCCAUUUACCUAUUUUUUUAGCACCCUAAAAAAAGUGAGAAUCAUUUUUUCCAUAUUUUUUGUUAUUUUAUAAAUGUUUUUGAAAGUUUGUUUACAUUGAAAACCAUUCGAGAAAGGGUUUAUAAUCAUCAGUAUGUAUGUAAUAUAUAUAAAUAAAAAAUGUAAUUUGACAUUAUAUUGGUUUAAAUCGAUGUAAUAAUAUUUUUUAUGUUUAUAGAAUUUUCUUCGGCCAGCACCCCUUCAUCUUCUGAGAGAUAUAAAAAUUAUUAUAAAUCUAUCUGCAAAGGCGAUGUUUGUCAUUUUGAUUUAAUACUGCAUAAUUGUUCAUAAACAUGUACGUUGUAUUUAGACUGAUGAUGUGAUGUUAAUUGCUAUAAUUUAAGGCUUGUGCGAAAUUAUUAAUUGAAAUUAAGUGAGAAAAAUAACAUUUUGAUUUAAUUGAAAGUUUUCAAGUGAUUUUCUUGUGAACAUUAUUGUGUAUUAAAAAUCGUUUUAAAUAUAACUUGUUCUAUAGCUUCUAAAUGGAGUUAAUAAUGUAUCAUAGUGUGGUUCUUAUUCAGUAACAAAAUCAUUUAUUGACUUGUUUUAGUAAUUCGGCAUAUGUUUGGGAUUUAUGCAACAAUAUGUGUCCACUGCUCAUUUUUUGUAUACAUGUAUUUAUUUCCCAAACAUCUGAUUGUUUUCUUCAGCCACACUUUUUAUCAUUGAAUCUUUUUUGGUCCUAUAUUCAGGGAUGUGAUUUGUCCGCGGAAUUCCGCGGAUAUAAUAGCCCAAGGGACCCCCCCCCCCCCCCCCCCCCCCCAAAAAAAAAAAUAUAUAAAAAAAAAUAAUAAUAAUAAUUUUUUUUAUCUGAUUACAAAAGAUACUACUGUACUUUUGGUUGUUAGAGUUGAUAUCCUAGUUUGCUUCGAAUUUAAAGUCAGAAGAACCCUCAAAAGAGCUUCUAAAAAGUCAGUUUUUCUUCUACGUCACUGUGCUUUUGACCACAAACGUGCCCCAAGAACCCAUGGCCGAAAUGGUUUCAGCCCUCCAGCUGCCAGGUCAAUCACAUCCCUGUAUAUUGUAAAUUAACAUGACUUAGGAAAUAAAAGCGUAAGUUUAUUCUGAUUUUAGAACUUUGUAACCAGUACAUUAUACUGGACAACAUACUCUAUUUUAUCAUUGCCCAGACAGGUGGCAGUUGCAACAUGGUUGUAAUUCUACAAGUUUAUGAUAAAAAGUGUGACUUCCAUGUACAGUUAAUUUAUGGUAUUUGGUUACAGUUAAAACCAGCUGUAUAUUAUUCACAUUGGUCAAGUGCUAUUAAGUGAAAAAAUGUCAAUAUUGCCGUGCUCUAAUGAGUUAGGAAUGAGCUAUCUGAGAAAACGAAACAACUCUGCCCCUUGUCUGAAAUGGGUGCUUGUGUAAUGAUCUGGUCAAAUUCUGGACACUUGAAAGUGAAGAACAAUCAAGUAUGUUAGCAUUUGAAGUAAUUGAUUAAAGAUAAUGAAUAAAUUUAAAUUACAAAGUGUA